UUUUUUGGCUUUUGAGAUUUUGAUGCCAGGCUUUCAAAACACAGAGUACGAUUUCAUUCAAUUGUCCUACAUGUACUAAAGUCCUACUAUGAGUAGGUUAUUCUUAGUAAACUUUUUAACUCCCCAUGAAAUAUUUAUCUGGAAUCUGGAAGCAGGCAAAAAUAAUGUGAGAGGGAUUAUGUAAUGCUUUAAUGACCACACAGACUUUAGACUUGAGGAUAAGCCCUUAUUAUUUAAACUUUUAUGUAGCUUAUUUGCUGAAUUAGGCUGCAGCACACCUUCAUUGAAAACAAGUACAUGGGUAUCUCAUUGGUUUUUUCCUUACCACAAUAAGUAUCAUCUUUUCCCAUGGGCUCUGAUUUCCUCUAGCAGAAAGACAUCACCAUCACUAUAGAUAUAAGCAGCAAGCUGCGAUAGGAUCACAAAGAACUAGAAGGCUGGUCUUCAUAUAUGCCAUUUCUACUUUAUUUCAAGACAGAAGUUUGAUACCUUUUCACAAAUCUUUUGAGAUUAUAUACAUAAAAUUUCUGCACAUAUUGUUCUGCCACAUCCAGACACCAACUUCCAAAGGCACCGAAAAGUACAUUUUGAAAAGGGGAGAGAGGUAGGCAAAGAGAUGAUUCUUGGCUGUAAAAAAGGAGUUAACUUUUCCAAAUAAAUGGAAUGUAAAAUUGGCCAUUGUCAUUGUGUGAUAUUAACACCAGCUCUUUUGGCAAGUUUGGAAAUACUGGGCUCCCUUAUAAAAGUUAAAAAUGUCCUGGACCUGGAGUUGUUUACCCGGAGUGGGAGCUGCUCUAAAGUUACAGAGCUCUGGUUGGAAGAGAUAGCUUGAAGGCCGCCUCCGAGAAACUGACGUCACACUAGCCUCAGCUGCUGCUGUGACAUGAGCGGAGCAGCUUUUUGAUUUGUGAAAUGGUGGAGGUUUCAAAGGGACUUGUCAGUAUCUCUCUGUUGAAUGGUUGGACUUAUUUUGCAUUCCCAUUUUGUGCAAAGAAGCAAGAUUCACUGUGCUGAGACUUUUCUCUUUAAAACAACCGGCUGUCCUCCCAUUGCUAGAUUGACCAGUGGUCGGACAUCCAUAGGAUUUCUCCCCAGAGCAAAAAGGCUUUAUUUUAAAGGCAAGUGAGACUGCUUCAAAUAAAACAACUCCAAGCUUCCAAGAAACAGUUAAGAGAAGGCAGAGACGGGCAGAAACACCCCUUCACGAACACUCAUACGGUUGCCAUGGACCUACAUAAGCAGUGGGAGAACACAGAGACUAACUGGCGCAAGGAAAAGAUGGAAUUACUGGACCAGUUUGACAAUGAAAGAAAGGAAUGGGAAAGUCAAUGGAAGAUCAUGCAGAAGAAGAUAGAAGAGCUCUGCCAUGAAGUAAAGCUUCGGAGGAAAAUCAACAUGAGUGAACGUGCGAUCAUUGAUCCUGAUCGUGAAAAGGCCAUUCAAGACGAAAUGAUGGAAUCUUCUCCAAAUUGUCCCAUUUCAAGACAAUGUGAAUUUACAGGGAUGAAUCACAGGGAUGGUCUGGGAAAAAAAGGUAAAACAGAGCAGAGCUUACUCAGUGAAAGAAAUCAAAUGCGUAAGGAACAAAAAACAAUCAAAAAAUCAAAAGUAGGGUUAAUGGAUUCUAUGGCCACAGACAACCAAAAGGAAUGUGAGACCCCGCCUGACCUGAGGACUUCUGAGGAAGAGAACAAGAGCUGCUCUGGCGCCCUCAACACAGCUCUUGAAGAACUUGCCAAAGUUAGUGAAGAAUUAUGCAGCUUUCAAGAGGAAAUUCGAAAGCGUUCUAACCACAGAAGGAUGAAGUCAGAUUCUUUUCUCCAGGAAACACCAGUUGUAAUUAAUAUGCCUUAUGGAGAUCACAUGAUCAACAACAACCAGUGCAUUACUUCAGCCAAUUUAGAAAAAGAGAAAAAGAAAAAUAGAAAGAAUCUGAGCUGUACUGAUGUUUUCCAAAACAAUUCUAAGAAAAAAGGUGGAAUUGAUACAACUGAUCUGCAAAGAAGUGAAACCCCACCAGUUCCUCCUCCAAGAAGUACAUCUCGAAAUUUUCCCAGCUCAUGUUCUGCACAAGCCCAUGAAAGUUUGAAGGAAAGUUCAGACCACAACGGCUGGGUGGCCCAAGAAGGUCAAGGCGAAAAGAACUGCAACCCUCAUUUCCUCUGGAGGCAAGACGAGAUGCCUAUACUGUGUCUAAAUGAAGGGAAGACUUUGAAAGAUGGUAUCACAUUUUCUUCUUUGGCACCAGAAACCAAAAUAGAUAAAAAGCCUUCAUGUAAUGAAAAUGUUGGACUUACCAUGUGGUCAUGUGACACUGGGAUUGGUGCAAAAAAUAGCCCCUCUACACCAUGGUUUCAGAAAACCUGUUCUAUUCUCAAUAAGCCAAAAUAUGAAAAGGUGAUUCCAGAUCACCCUGCUAAAUCUCAUCCUGAUCUUCACACAAGCAAUGUCUGUAGCUCCUUGCUGACACAGAGCAGUGGCCCACUGAGAAGUUUCAGUUGUGGCUUUGAAAGGACUACUAAGAAUGAAAAGCUGGCAGCAAAGACUGAUGAAUUUAACAGAAUCGUAUUUAGAACAAAUAGAAAUUGUCAUGCAGUACAGCAAAGUCAAAGCUACUCAGAACCAUCUGAAGAUCUUCAGCCCUGUGAUACUUUAAUUUCUUGCACAGGUAACAUCUCAGAAAGUGACAGUGUUUCUGACAUUCUGAAAACCAGUGCCCCCAUGCCUGUUCCCAGGGAAAAUGUGCAUGAUAAUUCCACCAAAAAACCCACAACAGGCCUAUUCAGACAAAUGCAGGAACACAUAAGCCCUAGCAGUUACCGGAAUAUGCUCCACGAGCAUGACUGGAGACCAAGUAAUUUGUCUGGCCGACCAAGGUCAGCUGAUCCCAGGUCAAAUUAUGGUGUGGUGGAAAAGCUGCUGAAAACCUAUGAGACAACAGCGGGGUCCACAUUGCAAAAUUCUAAAUGCUUCCAGGCUAAUUGGACCAAGUGUAAUUCUGAUGUCAGUGGUGGAGCCACAUUAAGUCAGCAUUUUAAAAAGUUCCAAAUAGAACAGGAGCUUCAGCAAAAGCCAGCUAUGUGUGGAGCGCAGCAAGUGAAGCAAGGAGCAGAUCGGAAAGAGGUAACUGAGGAAUCCAUGGCAGUGAAAUCCUCACAUGGAAAAGGAUUUUCCCGACCUGCUAGACCAGCAAAUCGCCGUCUCCCGUCCAGGUGGGCAUCCAGAUCUCCAUCGGCACCCCCUGCCUUGCGGAGAACUGUCCACAACUUUCCCAUUUCUCUGCGAUCAGAAGCAUCGAUGGUCUGAGUCUCUGGCCUGGAUUGCUAGAUUACAAAAAUCCCAAUUGCCAAACAGAGUAUUCUGAGUGUUUACAACCAAUUCUGUCUCUUCUGUGUCUUUCAAGAUUACUGGGACAAUUGAAAUCUUAACUUCCCAUCAGUCUUCAGUGUUUUUAAUCUGUGGAACAAUUAUCUUCCUGUAUUUUGAUUUUUUAGAUCAGAAUUUUUUAAUGCCAUCCUCAUUAAUUUGCCAAUAUGAUUUAAGUUGAAACAAUGUACUAUAUUGUAUAUUCCAACUUUCUUGCAAGUGGCAGAAAGCAAGGUUAUUUGCAUGGCCGUGUGUUUUGUAGGUGCAUGUGUUGAUAUAGGAAGUAUCAGUAUGUAUUUAGAUAAGAAAAACUUACGUGCUAGUGUUGACUUUGAAAUUAUAACAUGUAUACCUAUAUAUUCUUUGUGUUUAUUUAAAAUUUUUAAAAAUA